AUGCACCCCUUUUCCGUCCUCACACUUGGGAUCUUCGUCGCGGGCUAUAUUACCGCCAGGUGGGACCUUGUUACCCGUCUAUACGAAUUAGCCAUCUUUGCCUGGGACCACGGUGUCGUGACACGAACUGCGAAAGGAUUUUUCUUUCUCUCCGUUUUCUUUUUCCUUCUCGUCCUGCCGAUCAACCACCUCGCGUCUAAGGAGGGCCAAUUGGUGAGCAACACCGAAACAACCAAAGCUUUAAGCAGCGGUCGAAAGACAAAGCGCUUGAUGUUUGGCUUGGUUUGCUGA